AUGGCUAAUGAUCAAGAUCCCAACAAGUCUCUCAUUAAUGACGUUUUGGCCCGGAGUAUGUCCGAAUUCUACGAUGAUGACGAUGAUAACGAUAGUGACAUGUGUAGGGCAAAUGAUGAGGGAGAAGACGUCUUUGACCUUCCACUUAAGGUAGGUGUAUCUCAAAGUAGGAACUUUUCGGAAGUAAAUGACGUUUUGGAUCCACUUUCUAGUUUGCAUGGUCCGUCCAAGAAGGUCAGAUUCGAAAAGCAAAAGCAGCAAGAGCAACAUCAGCAAAUACGUAAUGACUUCAAUACAGAUCUCAACCUGAAAAGCCCGUCCAGCAAAAAAAUGGGGGUAGAACAGCUGAUCCAGUCGGCCAACGAGAUCAAUGAUUACCUAGCUAACAACAUUGACAAAGUAAAUAGCUUCAACUCAGAGCUUCUGAGCGGCAGUGGCAAAUUGCCUGGGAGAGUAAAGAGUGAUACAGCGACUCAAGGCACCGGGCGCUUAGAUUCCAUGUCCAACUUUGCCCUUAGCGACACCGAGUUGGACAAUGAUGACGAUAAUUAUCUUUUGGAUCCCCUUGCAAAUGCCAGCUCUACUACUUCCACAGUGGAACACCAUGGUUAUAGCUUAUUAGACAAGGCUUUAUCCGCGUCUGAUAAAGAAAAAAUAUAUACGAAUAAGGUGAAUUCGAAUAGUCAGAUAGACACUGAUAAUUAUUCUCAUGAGAGUGAAAACACUACGAAUAACGAGACAGAUGAAAACGAGUGUUCAGAAGUCCUCGACUACACAAAAUUUGAUUCUUUCCCCUAUCCUCCGUCCUCCGCCUCCAAUCAAGAGCCACCAGAUUUGAAGGUGCUAAGCAUCGAAUGCGAGCAGGAGAACGAAAAAGAGCUACGACGAAUAUCUUUAUUAUUGGAUCAUUACAAAUCGAUACCGAAAAUACCUGAUUUGUCAGACGAUGAAGCUCUAUCUAAGUUCCGUGAGAAUAUUGAACUAAUUUUACAACUAUCUAAGAAAAUUAGUGACAAUGCGAACACUUUAGCCAUUUCCCCUGAGGACCCUCAAAAAUUUAUUAAUUUUGUGAUGAAAAACCCACCUUCGUUAUCAUUCAGAGAUUUUAUCGAUCGGAUCCAAAAUAAAUGCAUGUUUGGCGCCGUAGUCUAUCUUGGAGCCACCUAUCUACUUCAACUAGUAUUUCUUACGAGAGACGAAAUGGAUGGUCCCAUUAAGCUGAAGGCUAAAUUACAAGAGGACCAAACCCAUAGGAUCAUAAUAUCUACAAUACGAAUUGCCACCAAAUUACUGGAGGAUUUCGUUCACUCACAAAACUAUAUUUGCAAAGUGUUCGGUAUCUCAAAAAGACUGCUGACCAGACUGGAAAUCUCCUUCAUGGCGAGUGUUAAUUUUGAUGGAUUGAUGAUUACCUGCGAAAAAUUGGAAAAAACAUUGCAUAUUCUUGACGAUACAAGACAGGCAUUAGGAAACACAUAA